GAAUGACCGGCAGACUCUUCAGGACACCAUUUUCUUCAAGAAUUCUGUUGCAAGGAAAGCAGAGCCCAGCACAGGAUCUGAAUCUCCUGCUCCUCCUGGUGCAACCACAGCUGCGGUUCUGCUCUGCAAAAAUGUCCAGCCCUACAGAGACUGAGCGGUGCAUCGAGUCUCUGAUUGCUGUUUUCCAGAGAUACGCUGGAAAGGAUGGGAACAGCAGCAAACUCAACAAGGCCGAGUUCCUAACCUUCAUGAAUAGAGAACUGGCUGCCUUCACAAAGAACCAGAAGGACCCCGGUGUCCUUGACCGCAUGAUGAAGAAACUGGACAUCAACUCUGAUGGGCAGCUGGAUUUCCAAGAAUUUCUUAAUCUUAUUGGGGGCCUGGCCAUAGCUUGCCAUGAAUCAUUUCUCAAGUCUGCUCACUUGCAGAAGUAAAUGUAAGGAGCCCUUGGGCCUGGCCUCCAGACCCACUCCCUUUCCUUCUAGCCUCCCGACCAUCAUCUAUUCCUCACAGCCCACACGUACCCUGAGCCCAGCACACCUACCACCCCACGCCGGCCACUCCUGCUGUUAUUAAUAAAACAAUAUCGUUUUUUAAAACACA